UAGAAUAGGAGGAAUAUCGCAUUAUUUCAUAUUAUUGCGUAGGACGCGCACUGCUCCGGAUCGCGUCUUGGAAAGAAAGUUUCACUUGUCCCGUGUGAAUCUAGGUGUCCGUGAUUAUAUACAGACGAUAUUACAAGCAAAGCGGCAAGAUGAAAAAGGAACACAUCGACGACGUUCAACCACGGACUGUCGAUGAGCAUUUCAAGUUACUGCUUGAAGAUAAGACUAUAUUAGAUUAUGAAAUGAAGGAUAUGACCCCAGAUGAUCUUCCAGAUUGGUAUAAUGAAAACUUCUUCAGAGAAGGACAAAAUUACUACAGGCGAAACUUUAUGGCAAUAACGAUGGCUAGCUUCGUGGGAGUUCUUGCAUCAAUAUCGCUCCCACAAACAUUAAAGAUCCUCGUGUACACAAAUAAAAGCAGUAAUCCUUGCGUGGCUUUCAGCAGAUACAUUCAGACUGUGCUACACAUAUACAACUUGCACACAUGCGAUCCAAGUGACCCAGAUUCGAACUGGUACAAGACGAUAAACGUGAUUCGCUGGAAACACAACUCGAGCAGCAAGAGAGCGCAGAAUGCCAAAAUUGGAGGAAUUUAUCAGAAAGAUAUGGCAUUCACGCAGUUCUCUUUCAUAGGAUAUAUCCUCACCAUGGCUGAAACUUUCGGGAUACGCAGUACACCAGAAGAGGAAGAAGCAUUUGUUCACAUGUGGCGUGUGAUAGGCUACAUGCUAGGGAUUCCUGAUCGAUUAAACAUAUGUCGUAAGACUGCAGGAGAUACUCGUGAGCUCUGUCUAAAAAUUAUUAACAUUUUCGCGCAUCACUUGACUGAAGCUCCAUCCUCCUUUUAUCAAAUAGCGUCGACUCUGUUAGAGGCAUUGUGGAACCUUAAUGUGUCUUUGAAUAAAGAUGCUGUAAUGGCAUUUACCUAUAGGGUACAUGGCAGUGAAUAUAAGCAGCCGCUUGGAUGGUACAGUCGGUUAAUCGUGACGUAUUAUGACGUCACAUUUUAUCUGUUUCUUGUACCAUAUAUUGGAGAAGUAGUAAGAAUUUACACUAACUAUAUGCUUAUAUUUGGAAUAUGGCUAGUGCAGAAAAUGCCCCUUUACGCACGAUUAGUGUACGGAAAAAAGCAUUCCCAACUCAUUAUGUAUCCAAAAUAUAAAUAAAGUCUAUUUUGUUUAGUAAAA